AAAAAGGUCUUUGCAGAGGGCUCCAGCUGCCUCCUUACUCUCUUGGGCUUCGUUAAUUUCUUAGUUCAUAAGGUUUGACUGUGUGAGCUACAGUGAGUCGUUAUAUUGACCCAUUCUCUGCUCUUGGACAUUUAAGCUUCAGGAGAGCUCCUGAAAGAUGAGAAUUCUGCAGGGAGAUAGAUUUGGGUGGCAAAGGACCUGUUAAGGCAUGGAAUGCUUUUUGUCUCUUUUGAAGGAGAUCAUGUUGGUUUCUUCCUGUUGUUGUUCCCCGGAAGAAGAAAAGGGAUACUAAUUAUGCGAGAUUGAUUUCCUGCUUGAAGUUUGCUUCACUGUGGGCAAUCGGGCUGAAGUUUGAGACAGCCCAAGAAGUGAACUUUUCAUGACAUUCUGUAUCUGUUGCCCCACUCAAUAAGAAUGAUCUUAAACGUGUAUGCCAUGAGCUUAAAUCAAUGCGUUGUCCUCCUCACCUUUUACUGACGGUGUUUCGAUCCCUCAUCUCAGAAGGAAUAUAUAAUGCUCUGUCAGGAAUUGUACAAGUCUAACACUCUCAAUCAGAGUUUGUGUAGGUUUUAAAACACUAGAAUGGGAUUGCCAAUGAUGUGCCAAUUUACGAUGCUUGUGUUUUCCUUGGCCUCAAUGUUAAGAUGUGAAGCAGCAGUUCCAGCCACUUCUUUCAGCAAUAAGGAGGCAGUUGGGCUUUCUGUCACUGAGACAGAAAGAGUUUUGAUCGAAGACGGGAACAAUGCAGAAGUUGUAGGAGGAUUAUCAGCAAGGACACAGAGAGUUGAUCCUUUGAAUGGCUUCAAAAAGUACAUGGGUGGCUACAGCAUCACAAGCAAGCAUUACUGGAGUUCUACAAUUUAUACAGGAAGAUAUGGGUACAUAAUUGGCACAAUAUGGCUUCUCAGUGGUUUUUUGUAUGCUUGCAUUCUUGUGGCACGAAGGACUAGUUUGCUCAAGAUGGAAAGGAAGCAAAAGAAAGAACUCCCUUGUUCUAAGAGACACCAUGUCUGGGCGAUGGUGAUUGGGAUCAUAUUGGCAUGCCUCGCCAUAGUAGCAUCUGGUAUUGUGCUUGGUGGAAGCUCUAAGUUUCAUUCAAGAGUGCGAUCAAUCAAGAACAUCAUCGUAAAAACAUCACAAGAGGCUUCACAAACCAUAAACAAUGUGACAAAAGCUAUAGGCGACAUGGAAAGUGUUGCAGCACAAUAUCAAUAUGGCAGCCUUGAAGGAUCCAGCUAUUUGAAUUCCAGGUCUCAAAUUCUUAAUGACGAAGCUGCAAACAUGCAGCAAAAGGCUGAGAAGAGCAUGCACCUGGUCGAUAGGGCAAUUGGCAUAUUGAAAAUGAUGACCAUCUUCAUCAUUGUGCCAAAUCUUAUGGUUCUUCUUGCAGUUGUUGUCUUGAGGCCUCUGAGAGUAAGACUUAGCCGGACUUUUUCUCUGUCUAUCAUCUUUUGCUGGCUACUUACAUUUGCCUUGUGGGUAUUCUUUGGAAUAUAUUUCUUCCUAUCUAAGUUUUCUGCUGAUACCUGUGCAGCAAUUGAGGAAUAUCAACAAAAUCCUCAAAAUAGCACCUUAAGCUCAAUCCUACAAUGCAGUGAGAAACUGUCAGCUAAUAUUUUUCUACAUGAUAUCCGACAAGGAAUCCAUGAUACCAUUGACCAGGUGAAUGCAAACAUAUCAACAGCGAAAUCACUGUCUCUUCCAGAUCUGGAGUAUGCUUGCAACCCCUUUACUGGACCACCAGAGUAUUCUUACCAACCAGGCAACUGUUCUUCCAACACAAUCAAAAUAGGAGAUAUUCCUGAGAUUUUGAAGAAAUAUACGUGCUGGGAUGAUGGUGGUGGUGGCUCUUGCAGCCAUGGAGAAUUUUUUUCACCAACCGAGUACACAAGAGUGCAAGUCUACACGAGCUCCAUGCAGAAUAUACUUGAUGGAUUUCCUCGCAUGGAGAGACUCGCGAAUUGUCGGUUGGUUCGCGAUGCGUUCUCCAAGAUCCUUGUUGAAGAAUGCAAACCAUUGAAGUAUGAUGUUCGCUUGACAUGGACUGCAAUGACGGUUCUUUCAGCAAUCAUGGUAGCUCUUGUUUUGAUUUUGAUUUCUGAACCUGUUUACCAAGAUGGAUCGCAUUCUUCUGAUAUCUCUGUCAGGCCUCAACCAACUUCUACAGUCAUGUAGACGCACAAAUAACUUCUAGAAAAGUUGGAGGUAAAUUAGAACCAGAGAAAUACAAUUCGAAGUUCAAAAAGACGUUCAAAAUUCAACAACAUAUGACAAAUCAUAAUAGAAGUCCAUACUGAUGAAAGAUUUUCAAGCUUUGAUGCCCUUGCAGUCCAAGAUGUUUUUUUUUAAACUUGUUUUUCUCUUUUAAUAUGAUAUACUGUAAAACUUUGCAUCUGGAAAGUGUAAAUAAAAACUUCAA